AGGAGCCGUUUUGGCUCAGGCUCGUCGUCCCGCAGGCCCCGCCGCGGCGCCGCCAAGAUGCCCGGUGCGACCGCUGCGGCCCGCGCUGCGGCGCCACGGGAUGCUUCUCGCAUGGGGCCCUGCGGGCGGCCCACGCGGCUGCAGGCCUGGCCGCCGCAGGAGGGCGCCGUGGCUCGGCACGCCUCCUGCGCGCGGCCGCAGGGGCUCCUCCGCACGGCUUGUCGCCGAGCUCGUCGGGCAGCCUGCCCCCCCUCUGCCGCGGACGACGUGGGUCUCCCGGUGGUCGCCCGCGCGGCCGCGUGGUCGGAUGGAGUGGACGCGCAGAGCGAGGUACAGGACGUCGUGGAGGCGGAGAGCUCCCGGGUGCCCGGGCGGCAGCGGCGGCGGUGGGUGCGGGGUUUGGCGUCGUCGCCGAGCCGGUGGAGUCCGUCGAGUGGGCGGGUGAGCUGCCGCUGGUGCGGGGGCGUGGCCGCCUCGUGUGGCGACGCGGGCGCGGGCAAGGGCAAGGGCGGCGCUGGCAAGGACGGAGGCGAGUGGCGGCAAGCUCUCCGAGAUGGUGCGGCCGGCUCUCCGCACGCACGUCGCCAGCCUCGUGACGCGUGCGGGCCUGCCCACCGAGCAGGUCCCGACGUUCGGCGUGGACCAGCUGAUGAUGGGCAAGUUUUCCACCACCGCUACCGUCUGAGGCAGAUGGCCGACCGCCGGGGGGACGUGCUGGCCAGGCGGUCCUGGUCGGGGUAGCUGAUCCUGUUCGUGGAGCCCGGCGGCGUGCUGGCCGAGGGCCGAGAGGCCAGCGGCGCGUUGGCGGUGGACUUCGUGGUCGGGGGGGCUGGCUCCUCGGAUGGAGGCCUGGCCCUCCGUGGCCAGGGUUUCUGAGCAAGCCGCUGGAGGCUCAGGACCCUAGCGGUGGCCCGCGGGAGGUCUCCAAAUUUGUGUACAACGGGUCCGAGAGCUUCCUGGAACU